AAUGAAUAUUUAGAAAUUUAAAUUACAUUUUUCCAUUUUUGCAUACCUAUUGGAACCAGUAAUUUGGUUUAAAUUCGACGAAAUGGAGCUAAGUGACGAUUCUAUAAAACGAAACCAAAAUGUUUUAAUAUGUGAAAAUGAUGGAGAUCCUCAAUAUCUUAAUGUACAAGUUAAAUCAGAACUGGAAGAAUGCUUGUCUGAAAGUAGUUACACACAGGAGGCUUUAUCAAACUCGUAUUGUGUGGACGAUAUUAAAAUAGAAGAACGUGUAUUACAAUAUGAAAUAGGUAGCCCCUUCCCGGUCAUCAAUCAAGAAGUUAAGACAGAAAUCAAAAAAGAACUGGAUGAACAAAAUUUAGAAGUGAAUCAUGAGUGUGAAACUCAAUAUACGAAAGAAUUAGACUCAGAAGAUGUAAAAUUACAGAUAGAAGCUUUAACUAAAAUACAUCAUGAAAAACAUUGUAGAAGUAUGAAAACAUCAAAAUUACUAUCCAACAAGUGCAAACAAAGGUUACGUCAGAACGCCAUUAAACUGAAAUCCGAAAGGUCGUUGGUAACACACACUGGAGAAAAGCGUUACCAGUGCGAAAUUUGUUGUAAGCUGUUUAAUGAUUCGAGAAAUUUGAAAAAACAUUUGAGAGUGCACACUGGAAAAACACCUUAUAAAUUUGAUAUUUGUUCCAAGCAAUUUAGUCGAAAUGGUCAUUUGAAAAGGCAUUUAAGGGUACACACUGGAGAGAUGCCUUACAAGUGCGAAAUUUGUUCCAAGCAAUUUACUCAAGACGGACAUUUGAAAAUCCAUUUGAGAAUACACACUGGAGAGAUGCCUUACAAGUGUGAAAUUUGUUCCAAGCAAUUUAAUCAAAAUGGACAUUUGAAAACGCAUUUAAAGAUGCACACUGGAGAAAAGCUUUACAAGUGUGAAAUUUGUUUUAAACAAUUUAGUCAAAAUGUAGAUUUGAAAAGACAUUUAAGGAUACACACUGGCGAAAAGCCUUACAAGUGUGAAAUUUGUUUUAAACAGUUUAGUCAAUAUGGUCAUUUGAAAACGCAUGUAAGGGUACAUAAUGGAGAGAUGCCUUACAAGUGUGUAAUUUGUUCUAAACAAUUUACAGAAGCAGGAAAUUUGAAAAGACAUUUGAGAAUACACACUGGAGAGAUGCCUUACAAGUGUGAAAUUUGUUCCAAGCAAUUUACAGAAGCAGGAAAUUUGAAAAAACAUUUGAGAAUACACACUGAAGAGAUGCCUUACAAGUGUGAAAUUUGUUCCAAGCAAUUUACUCAAGAUGGAAAUUUGAAAAGACAUUUGAGAAUACACACUGGAGAGAUGCCUUACAAGUGUGAAAUUUGUUUUAAACAGUUUAGUCAAUAUGGUCAUUUGAAAACGCAUGUAAGGAUACAUAAUGGAGAGAUGCCUUACAAGUGUGAAAUUUGUUCAAAGCAAUUUAGUCACGUUGCAAGUUUGAAAACGCAUUUAAGGGUGCACACUGGAGAACUGCCUUACAAGUGUGAAAUUUGUUCUAAACAAUUUACAGUGGCAGAAAAUUUAAAAAGACAUUUGAGAACACACACUGGAGAGAAGCCUUACAAGUGUGAAAUUUGUUUUAAAUAAUUUAGUCAAAAUGGAGAUUUGAAAAGACAUUUAAGGAUACACACUGGAGAAAAGCCUUACAAGUGUGAAAUUUGUUUUAAGCAGUUUAAUCGAGAUGAACAUUUAAAAAAGCAUUUACGGAUGCACACUGAAGAAAAGCCGUAGAAGUGUGAAAGGACCCCGCUACACUCCUUAUGGAAAAGUGGCCCCGGUCAAAUUUGACGAAAGUUUGGUCAAUGAUACUUCUCGAUGGGUAGAUUAAAAAUUUCGUGGAACCUGAUUCUGAAUAACUACUAUUCUCGAGCUACAGCCUUCUGAAGUUAUUGGAUUCAAGUGCUCAGUUUAUUUUAAGUGCACUAAUUCACGAUCAAGUGAACGAAAAUAUUUAUUAUUGGAAGGAGAGAGACUCCAUACUUGCGGCUUGUAUAUGAAUUCGUGAUGAAAAUAGAUGCAUCGUAUUUUAGUCUUCAGAAAACCUCCGAAAAUCCCUCAGAAAACCAAAGAAGUGCUACUAGAUCUAUAGAGUGCUAUAUGCUACUAGUGCUAUAAAAUGUGCUACUAGAGCAAUAUAAGAAUUAUCACGUUUUUAUGAAUGCUUAUCAUCAACAGUUAUCCAAUAGCAGCAAAACUGCAGUUACGUUGGGAAUUCCUCCCGUAGCACGGUCCAGAACUAAAAAAAGAGUUGUCGAAACAUCAAAAAUACAUUAGCUGACAUAAAACUUGUCCCGCAUAUCAGAUAUAAGACAAGUAGAGGACAUGGUCUUGAUCUCAAUACGAAAAAACAAUGUACUUGUAGUCAGUAAACGCUAAAUAUUAACUACAAUUAUCUAUGGAAAAUCGGUUUGUUAAGUCAUCUUUGACUAUCUGUACGUUAAGGUUUUGCUGAUUUCGAUUAUAUGCAUCAUAUAUGUCGUGUUAACUAACUACCUAUCAGGAUACUUAACAUUGGGUUGAUAUUGGGUCUAAAAAUAUUGGCUUAGUGAAAAAACUCUAUAGAGCUGAAGUUGCUUAGAAUUAGUCGGUGUAUCCAAUUCCGGACUUACCUCAGGACAAAAGCUCACAUUGGUACAAUAGGUAUCACUUUUUUUUGACAUGUUAGCUAUGUGUAUGCCAAAUUUCAUUUUAAUCCGAGCGGUUCGUUAAAAUUUACAGCAAAAACCGUGAGUAAAUAGACUAUAAAUUAGCUUGAAUUUUUAUAAAUAUAC